GACAUUGUCGACUCGUGGAUUGAUGAGGUGUCAAGGGAAUGGAAGUUUGACAUGCUGGCUAAUUUCCUCAGUCAGCAUGACAUGAAACAGGUGGCAGCUAUCCCUAUUGGACCGGAUUCACUUGAUGACUUUUGGGCAUGGAGGUUCACAGAGCAGGGAACAUUCACGGUUAAAUCAGCUUUCAUCCAUUUUCAUAACAGCACCAGACAAUCCCAAGUAUAGGCCGAGGACAUCUCUGAAAUGAGCAAAAAAAGGUGGAAAUGGCUUUGGAGCCUUUCGAUCCCACCGAAACUGAAGUUCUUCAUUUGGAAGGUGACCAGAGGGGCUUUGGCGUCCAAGGAAAACCUCUUUGCCAGGAAGUGCUCAUCCUCGAAAAGCUGCCCGAUUUGCGGCUGCUCGUUCGAAUCGAUAUUCCAUUGCAUGUUCACCUGCCCCCAUGCUGCCGAAGGGUGGAACCAAGAAUGGCCCUCCUUGCCCAGGCCGACCCCUCAGUCCUGGUGUGGCUGGACUCUCUCCGCCAGAUGUACCCGAUCAGCUCAAUCCAGAAGAUCAUCUUCCUUUUGUGGCAGACAUGGAAAGCAAGGAAUGAGAAGAUCUUUCGGGGAACUCCUCCUUGGCCCCCAGCCACCAUCACUAAGGCAGCAUCGGAUCACCUCCAAUGGUCCACAUGCCCUCGGAUCCACCACAAUGGGUCCCCAUCAACUCAGCCCACUCCACCCCCUGAGCACUCUUCACCACCGCCAUGUACUCAUUACUUUGAAGUACACUGCGACGGAUCGUUCUUCGACGAUUCCCAGAAGGCGGCUUAUGGCGUCAUUGUCUCGAACAGCCAUGGUCAAGUGUGUGAUGGUAAAGCUGAGUCCUUGCAUUGUUUCUCCCCUAUUGAAGCAGAAGCCUUGGCCCUGCUGGAGGCCUCACGCGUGGCUGCCUCGCUCACAGCACCCUGCCUGGUGAUGUCUGAUUGCCUGAAGUUGGUUCUUGCUAUCGAGCGACCCCCCAGGACAUGGCCAUGGCGAGCGCGGCAAGGCUGGGUCUGAUCAAGCGUGUGUUGGACAACAACCCGCAGAUCAAGAUUAAGCACAUUAGUCGAAAGUUUAACUCAAAAGCGGAUUGGGUGGCCAGAUCCUGCGCUAAAAACCAACUUCCCUCGCAAUGGUUGCAAAUUCUUGAUUUGGUUGCACCUCUCCUGUAACGGUUGGAUCUUGCUUCAAUUAAUGGAAAUUCAAUGU